AUGACGAGUACGAACACGGAGGGCCAAGACGCGAGUUAUUUCAUGCCAAAGACCGGCAGAAGCAGCGUCCCGCCCAACAUCAAAAACGUCAAGGUGGCUGGAACUCCGGGACCUCAGAUUUUGACCUUUGCGCUCCAGCAUCGGCCGCGAGCGACACGGGCCAGUGUCCCCAAAGUACGGACUGGCUGUCUUACUUGCAAGUGA